UCACUGUCAUUAGUGUCAGUCCCAUAGCGAACUGACGUUUCGUUUGCGAAUCAAGUACUCAGUAAUAGGCUACAAAUUAUCUGAACAAAUAUGUAAUUUACUGAGAUUUAUUAUCCAACGAGUUGUGCAGGCAUAAUAUAUAAGCAGCUGCCGCGUUGUAUUAUGCAGUAUAUCUGUCUUUGCCCAGCCGACCGAAUUAUCGAAUUUUAAUUAAUUUCCUAUUUUUUUAAAUAUCUUAUUUAAAGUGAUUUAAGAGUUAAGUUUUGGUCCGAUAAUGAGUUCUGUUUGCUUACCUGCUGGAGACAUUUUUGUGCCUGUCCAAAUUGAUGAGAAUGAUAUAUAUACUGGAAUAUUCAAGCUUCUCGAAGUUAUACGGCCCGAAUGGUCCAAGGAACAAAUAAAGUUUAAGUUGUACACUGAUGGUAUCACAAAUAAACUUGUUGCAUGCCAAUACCAAUACCAGGCUAAAUUUAAUGAUAAUAUUAGCAGUGGAAAUAAUGUCGUGCUUGUUCGUAUCUAUGGGAAUAAAACGGAUCUAAUUAUUGACAGAACUGCUGAAUUGAGGAACAUAAAGAAACUUAAUGUUCUUGGCUUGGCACCUAAAAUAUAUGGGAUAUUUGAAAAUGGAUUGGCUUAUCAAUACUACCCAGGUGUAACUCUAAAUGUGGAGACUGUGUUGGAUUCAAAAGUUUGGCCACUGGUAGCAAAGCAAAUGGCGAAAAUGCAUAAAGUUCAGUUGGGACCUGAGGUGUCAAAAAAUCCAAUGGUAUGGGAUAAAAUUGAUCAAUUUUUAAAUUUAUUACCAGAGCCAUUUACGGACGAAACUAAACAGAGGAGAUUUGUCGAUAGCUUUGGCUCACUAACCAGACUAAGGAUAGAAUCCGAGCGAUUAAAGUCAUAUGUAACAAAAACUGAGAGCCCGAUCGUGUUUGCUCACAAUGAUUUACUUCUAGGAAACGUUAUCCACAACCAAGAUGAAGGAACCAUAUCUUUUAUAGACUAUGAAUACGCGGCUUAUAAUUAUCAAGCGUUUGACAUAGCAAAUCAUUUUAAUGAAUUUGUUGGGUUGUCAAUAGAUGACAUCGACUACGGCAAAUAUCCUAGCAAGGAGUUCCAGAUGUCUUGGAUAGCUGCGUACUUGGCGGAGUUUUUGAACGUGGAUUCACCAGACCAAAGGGCAGUGGAGAAAGUGUACGAGGAAGUCCAGCAACUGGCGUUGGCCUCCCAUUUUAUGUGGGGGGCGUGGUCUUUGGUGCAAUUCGAACUUUCUGAUAUUGAUUUCGAUUUUGGAAGGUACGCCAAGAUACGGUUCGACCGAUAUUUCGAACUGAAAGAUGACAUCUUCAAGCAACUGAGUUGAUCUCGCGUCGUAUGUGUCAAUGUUAAUAAUAAGCGAUAAUUUUAAAUGUACAUAUAAUUGAUGUAACAACUAUGAGUAUGUGCAAUAAAAUGAAUUUUUAAAAGUAAUUAUUACAAUUAAUAAUGUAAACUAAAACUAAAAUAUGACUAAAUUAAAUCUAAAAUAAAAGUAAAAUAAAUCUAAUAAAACCGGCCAAGAGCAUCUCGGACCACGCUCAGUGUAGGGUUCCGUAGUUACUCUUCCGUCACAAUAAGCUAAACUGGAGCUUAAAGUAUAGUAAAUUGUUAACCAAGGGAUGAAACGGUACCUUUCACGCGAGUUAAUCAAAUAGGCAAAUUUGCAUAAUCAGUACCUAAUUAAAGUAAGUCUUUUUACUAUGGGAGAAACUUUUUGCGAUAACUCAAAAACAGCUAAACUGAUCAUGUCCGCUAUAGUUUUCAUUUCAUGUCUUUCUUAAGCUCUACUUCCAAGAUUUUUUUCAUAUUUUUUGGACCUAUGGUUCAAAAGUUAGAGGGGGGGGGACACAUUUUUUUUUCUCUUUCGGAGCGCUUAUCUCCGAAUAUAUUCACUUUAUCAAAAAAUGUUUGUUGAAGACCCCUAUUAGUUUUGAAAGACCUUUCCAACGAUACCCCACACUGUAGGGUUGAAGCAAAAAAAAAAUUCACCCCCACUUUACGUGUAGGGGAGGUACCCUCAAAAAAAUUAAAUUUUUAUAUUUUAUUGUACGACUUUGUCGGCUUUAUUGAUUUAUAUAUCCAAGCCGAAUUUCGGCUUUCUAGCACUAACGACCACGGAGCAAAGCCUCGGACAGACAGACAGACAGACGGACAUGGCGAAACUAUAAGGGUUCCUAGUUGACUACGGAACCCUAAAAAUGGCCCCUGCGGCAUAGUACCGAAGACGCUGGCAGCAUUUCCUCGCUGGAUCGUUAGACUGAUGCGUUGAGCGACGAAGCUGCCAGCUCUUUGAUCUCCUGUGGCGUCUCUGAGUCUCUUAGUAUGUGCAAUUGACAACAUUUCAUUUUUAUAACACCUAAUAUUUUGUAUAUAAUUCGGAAGCACUUCGGCUCCUGAACACUUUACAAAAUAUUUACAUAAGUAUUACCUAAAUUUAAUAUCGCUUUUUCGAUCGAGAUAAGACUAAAGGGUCUAUUCUACUGUAGAACUGUAGAACUGUAGUUACGCUAUUUUUAGAAAAAGUACAUAUUUAUAUUAUACAUUAAAUGCAAGCCCUAGUGAAAAAAAACUGUCAGCGUAUUCCCCUUUUAAACAAAAUAAGGAUACCAAUAAAAUUAUCGGUCAGAAAUAUGAAAUGUUGCCAAUUGUGCAUAUGCGGCAGAAGGAGAUGGAUGUUUGCAGCUUGUGUUGACUGUUGAAGAUCAAUAGCGCCCUCUUUUUUUCUGCUCGGACUUCACUAGAGCCCGUCUAAGCUAUAAUAUUUGUUAUUUUAUAAUAGUGUUUACAGACGGCCGCACUUGAAGGUCGCGACGUACGUACGGUCGAUCGUGUCACGCGUCUAAGGUGGUCCGCCGUGCCGUACGUGCGUUAAGGACGCAAUUAUAAGUGAGAGCGAGAAAGAGAUAUUUUGACCGCACCUGCAAGGUCGCGGUCCGGUGCGGCUGUCUGUAGACAGACACUCUAAUUCUGCAUCGACUUGGCAGUGUAUAAAAUUAUACCAAUGACUAACCUGUUUUAAGAAAUAUGUAAUAUAUAAAUUAAUAUAUAAAAUUAUUAAUUAAUACAAUGCAAAGCAUUAUUAAA